UUCCAGCCGAAACCGAAGGCGCACCGAAAGUAGAGACGCGUUUUGGCAUUUUCCUGUGGGACUUUCAGCAGCGGCGAGCCGCCGUAGUGGUACCUCCUUCUUCUUGCUCCUCCUUCAGAGGCUGGGGGCUCGCGUUCCAAACUGAAGCGCCGUUGAGCUUCUUCUUCUCUCUUCGAAGGAAUCUCAUUGUGUCGAAAACCUGACGGUUGCUCAUUUUCCCACCUUUGGAGCUUGUCUAAAAGGAACCACCUCUGCAUCUUCACCUGCUAAAGCUCUUUCUGACAAGAUCUAGUUUUAUGAAGUUGAAGCGGUUGACUGAUGAUCGAUCCUGAUCUCCGACUCUGAGAGUUCAUUUGGCAUUUGACUUAUUUGUCGAAACAACUUAUUGGAAUACGCCAUUAUAAGCUCAGUGCCUUGCUUCCCACUUGUCAACAGGCAUGGCUAGUGUGUUGCAGUUUAAUGGUAUUAGAAAUGCCUUCCCUGUGAGUAAGUGGGGAAGUCUGCAGAACCAGCCACUAUUGUCCCAAAGAAUUGGUUUUGUAACGUCGGUUGCUUCUGUUUCUGGGUUGUGCUGUAAAGGAAGUUUUACAAGGGAAAAGUUAGCAUUCAGUGUCAGCUGCAAGGCCAUAGACAGUGAUAUACUCGAGAAGAAUGAAAAUGAAGAUGAGGGCCUUAGUGGAACUGAGAAACCAUUCACCUGCGUCAUGAAGUUUGGUGGCUCAUCGGUGGCUACUGCUGACAGGAUGAGAGAGAUUGCUAGCCUUAUACUGAGCUUUCCAGAGGAGAGGCCUAUAAUUGUUCUCUCUGCGAUGGGAAAGACAACUAACAAACUUUUGCUGGCUGGAGAGAAAGCAGUAAGUUGUGGGGUCACAAAUGCCUCUAGUAUUGAUGAACUUAAUUUUAUAAAAGACCUACAUAUCAGGACCGUUGAUGAGCUUGGGGUGGACAGGUCUGUCAUUGCAAAGCAUCUAGAAGAGCUAGAGCAACUUCUGAAGGGGAUUUCUAUGAUGAAAGAAUUGACUCCAAGAACUCAAGACUAUCUAGUUUCAUUUGGAGAGUGCAUGUCUACCAGGAUCUUUGCUGCCUAUCUUAAUAGAAUGGGUGUUAAAGCUCGUCAAUAUGAUGCAUUUGAGAUGGGUUUUAUAACAACUGAUGACUUCACAAAUGCGGAUAUUCUGGAAGCAACUUAUCCAGCUGUUGCAAAGAGGUUACACGGUGAUUGGUUUUCAGAUCCUGCAAUUCCAGUUGUUACAGGCUUCCUCGGAAAGGCCCGGAAAUCAUGCGCAGUGACAACACUGGGAAGAGGGGGCAGUGAUUUGACUGCAACAACAAUUGGGAAAGCUCUAGGGUUGCCAGAGAUACAGGUAUGGAAAGAUGUUGAUGGCGUUCUAACCUGUGAUCCAAAUAUAUGCCCUCAAGCAGAGCCGGUGCCAUUUUUGACAUUUGAUGAGGCUGCAGAACUUGCUUACUUUGGUGCUCAGGUCCUACACCCACAGUCUAUGAGACCUGCUAGGGAAAGUGACAUUCCUGUUAGGGUUAAAAAUUCUUAUAACCCGAAAGCUCCAGGCACUCUUAUUGCAAAGACGAGAGAUAUGAGCAAGGUAGUAUUAACUAGCAUUGUUCUGAAACGUAACGUGACCAUGUUGGAUAUUGUAAGCACCCGCAUGCUUGGUCAGUAUGGCUUCCUUGCUAAGGUCUUUUCAAUCUUUGAAGAUUUAGGCAUAUCAGUAGAUGUUGUAGCUACUAGUGAAGUCAGUAUUUCCUUGACAUUGGAUCCAUCAAAAUUAUGGAGCAGAGAACUAAUUCAGCAGGAACUUGACUAUGUUGUUGAAGAACUGGAGAAAAUCGCUGUGGUAAAUCUUCUACAGAACAGAUCCAUCAUCUCUCUUAUUGGAAACGUUCAGAGGUCAUCACUGAUAUUGGAGAAGGCAUUUCGUGUUCUUCGAACCCUUGGUGUCACUGUUCAGAUGAUCUCUCAGGGUGCAUCUAAGGUGAAUAUUUCGUUGGUAGUAAAUGACAGUGAAGCUGAGCAGUGUGUAAAGGCUUUACACUCGACCUUCUUUGAGAGUGAAGAAUAUGCCUUUGGAAAUGGUUCUGUUUCCGCAUUACAUAGGAACACUUUGGGGCCGUAAUUGCUGUUACGGCAAUGUAAUUCACUCUUAAAUUAUAUCAAUCCCGCAUUUUCAGCCCUCCCCAUGGAUGAUUGAGAUGUAGCUGAAAAGGGAGUGUGUGGUGAGAAGGAAGUCUUCAGUUGGGUGGAAUCAGUGAAGUGGGUACUUGUUCUGGAAUUGUUAGAGUAGACGUAUUUAUUCUUUAUUAGUCGUCUGCAAAGGAGUUGAAGGGCUGCAAUAAUUUCCUAUUUUGUUGGAUAACAUCUCCUGCAAGAUUCAAAUAUGCUUCAUGUCAUUGAUACGGAUCUGAACCAAUGUGGGAUAGGGUAUAUUUUUGAUCAAGCUCUUGUCGGCAGUAAUCAUCAAUCAAAGUGGAGAAUUCGAGUUCUCAUGUAUCAGAUUUUUUUAGACUUUUUUUCGGAAAAUCUUUGUAGGAUAUGUCAGGAUUAUAUGCGAUCCUUGGGAUUGAUAUAUAUAAGCAGUAUUAUUAGAAAAUUUGGAUGUAUUUCACUUACACGUCAUUGGAAAUGGGGGGUAUGAUAAAUCUUGGGGACCUUGAGAGUUAUUCCACUCUCUUGAGAAUUCUAUAUGAAAGAGAAGCAACACUAUACUUUUUUU